AUGCUGGCCAUGCGACCGCAGACGUCCCCCGUCGACGGCAAGUCUGCCCAAGCCGCCAUCGCGCAGCUCGACCGCCUACUGCUCGAAUUAGAGCGUAAUACUGAGGCUGCCAAGCUCUCCUUGAAGCAACAGGAAGACGCACUGAGCCAAGUGAAGGUGCUGGGGCGCAAUGCAGACACUGCGGGGCCCAUCUUCACGAAACGGGGCAUUUCAAUUUUGUGCACAUAUGCACUCGAUCAACCUGCUUCAAGCAUUGCAUCGCGAGAGGCACUUAGAUGUUUAGCAAAUGCCCUCCUUCUCAACGAGCCUUCAAGACAAGUAUUCGUUGAUCUUGGCUAUGGUCCCAAGGCUGCAGAUCGAUUGAAGAACGACAAUCGCGAUGAUGAAUUUCUGCUGUCACGAAUACUGUUCUUUCUCACUUACAACACAAAGAUCGACUUCAACGUCUUGAUUGCCGAACAUAAGCUGGCAGACAGCAUCAACCAACACAUCGCCCGCCAUGCGAAGAACUUCUCGAAGUCUGGGCGAAGAAAGUCUCUCAGCUCCCCUAUCCAGGAUAUGGCCAUGGUGGAGACACUGAAGCUGAUGUUCAACAUAACCUACUACUAUCCGCAUCAAGUCGCCAAAUUCACGCAAUCUGUCGAACCAUUGAUCAAUAUCAUCCUCCACCACCCUCUGCCCAAACCACCGCUACAGCCACCCAUCACCUACGUCCUCAACGCACUGCUCAACUUGGAUCUCAAAGCAGCUGAGAGGAAGACUCCAAUGGGAAGAGAGGCAAGAUCAAGUCCUCUCUUCCCAUAUUCUGACCCUGAGACUGUCGUGGACAAAUUGGUGAGCAUCUUGGAUGCGGCAAUUCGAGCCCAGCCAGAAAAAGAGCUGGAUCAAGCUGCAGCUCCUCUAUGCACGCUUCUAAGGCGCAUGUACGAGCUGGCCACCCCUCAAAUGAAAUCGUGGAUGAGAUGGCUCUUGCUACCCAAUCCCAAAGAUCGCGACAAGCCCCUUGGCCAGGGCGACACACUAUCAUCGAGGCUACUACGACUGUCGUGCUCACCAAAUCUACCCACCUUACGUGGCAAUAUUUCCGGUCUCUUGUUCGAGCUCAGCGAUAAAGAUGCCACCAAAUUCGUCAACAAUAUUGGUUAUGGAUUUGCUUCGGGCUUCUUGAUGAGCCAAAAUAUUCAGGUUCCUGCCAACGCCAUGGAAGCUGGCAGCAUAAGCAGUAAUGAUGAUACGGAAGGUGGUGCAGAUGUGAACCCCAUUACGGGUCAAAGACUCAGCGCGGAGGAAAGGGACGCGCCGAAGCAACCAGAGAUGACAGAUGAGGAGAAAGAGCGCGAGGCCGAAAAGCUUUUCGUGCUCUUUGAACGACUCAAAGCGACCGGUGUGGUCAAUGUGAAGAAUCCUGUUGAACAGGCUAUCGAUGAUGGCCGGUUCGAGGAACUAGACUGA